CUCUCCGAUCCAACAAUCAACAACAUACAUCAUACUCAUACAAGCCUUCAAGCACGCACACAUUGAGAGAGAGAGAGAGAGAGAGAGAAAUGGGAAAGCCAUUGGGACCAACAGGGGAGUUCUUCAGGAGGAGGGACGAGUGGAGGAAGCACCCGAUGCUGACGAACCAGCUCCGCCACGCCACUCCUGGCCUCGGCAUCGCUCUCGUCGCCUUCGGCAUCUACCUCGUCGGCGAAACCGCCUACAACAAGAUCUAUGCUCCUUCGCACUCCCACUCACACUCUCAUUCUUCAUCAUCGUCUUCUCACACUCACUAAGAAGCCCCGCCAAAGAUCUAUCAACGUCUUUCAGCUUGUUGGACUAACUUCUUGCUGGAUAAGAUGACUGAUUGAGGGUGUUCUAGGCUAACAUCAGAUGCUCUGAAGAGCAACGCUACAAUGUGAACAAAGAGAUCUGUUCUUUUGUAACGGUGAAGCAGCGGGAUUCAAAGAUAGAAAUAACUGUAGUAGGUUUUUUGCCUUCAACAUGUUUGUGUUCGUGAAAACAAAUCGGGAAAAGGGAGGUUUUUAUGCGAGGUCAAGCAUGUUUAUUGUUGAGAUUGUGAUAUUAUUGAGUUAUUCCUAAAACAGUGUGAUCUGAAUGAAGCUGGUCUAUCAAGACCUUUUGGAGGACUGCUUUGAAGUUUGAACAAAUAACUUGUUCUGAUGUGCUGCACGAACCGCAGUACCUGAAAUUUUCAGAUGAGAGUGGAACCAUAGUGGAUAUUGUAUAUUAGAAAACUCUGGUUGAUGCAGUUUGCUUCCACUCCUUAACUUCCUGCUCUUUUUACAUUACAAUCAACCCUUAACACCCUGUUCUCUUUAAUUUAUGAUCAAGUAGUGCUGGUCCUUGCAAUUCUUGAUGUUUGUGCUUUUUGACCUUUUGCAACUAGGUGUUUCCACUUUUUAUAAGUUCUGAUUGGGGUAUAGGAGAAAACUGCUCUUAAUGUGAGAUGCAUUUUAGGGUGAGAUUGUAGCAUGUGCUGUUUUCUCAUUAUAUUGAAUCGUUCAAGGUUCUCUGCCUGUAAUCACUUGUAGGCCUUUUAGUUAACACUUAAAAUUUAAGACCACGAGCUAACUUGGUGGAUGAGAUGCUCCCCUUACCAAGUGUGGUGCCUAUGGUUCAAGUCUUACUAUUGCAUGAUGCAGCUUCUCCUUCCUUUAUUCCUGUCCUACCAAAAUAAUAAUAAUAAAAAUAAAAAUCAGAAUAAUAGAUUUACUUUCAUAUACAUCGUAUUACAUUGGUUCCAUCAAUUUAGAUGUAAAAUUUCGCAUAAUGGAUGUAAAAGCUAUAGUAGAAGUUUAUUACUCUCUCAUGGUCUGAUGAUAUACAUUGGCAGUGUAAACUUUGAUGGUAAUUUGGCUAGUCAAUAAAAGGCUAUUUUUUAUAUUUGUUCUGUUCGACAACAGUUAUUAGAGCUUACUUUUUCUUAAUCUGUUGUUUUCUUCCCUUCUUCUUUUCAAUCUUUUAGAGUUAGUGGUUAGAAGUCUGAAUGCCGAUAAAAAGG